UACGUCUAUUUCUAUAGUAAAGUUGUACCCGAUGCCUUUGUUGAGAACUCACUGUCGUCAACCCGAUCGGAGAUGUACUAGUUAUCGGCCUUGAGGCCGAAUUUUCAUGUGUCGGCUUAUCCGACGCUUCUCGAAGAUGCUUCGCAGAGACGGACGUUCUUCCGCCGUGAGCCCUAUUAGGGGGUCCAUGAAUCGGAGAAUCAGCAUUGGUAACAGGUGGAACGAGUAGUGUGUUCGGAGAAGGACGUAUAUAUAACAGCCAGAGCCCAUCUGUCAGGUGGGACAAAGAUGAAAAUUUUCCUGGCGUUGGACCCCCAGCUUCCUUCUGAUCUGUGUUGUCAAGCAAUCGUUCUGUAGAAUAGUCAACAUGCUACAGACAUCUGUUUUCGGAAAUCUCUCCACACUUCAACUGGGCGGAGUGGUGCUGGUUCUUGGCUGUUUCUGUCUGGCGGUAUGGCUAUACAACUUCACCAUCAAGCCAAGCCAGCCCAAGAUCGACGGGUUGCCAGAAGUCAAAACCAACUCUCCUUUCUUCGGUAUACUGACAACGCUAGGUGAAGACCAUCCUACCAAUCUCCAGAAACUUUCUUUGGAAAAGGGGGCUCCGGUUUUCCAGUGUUUGAUGGGCACGCAAAGAGUCGUGUUUGUGAACACGUAUGACGCUGCAAACGAAUGGUUCAUCAAGAACCAAACGGCUCUUAUCGACAGACCGUUGUUUUACACCUUCCACCAGCUAGUCUCCACUUCCCAGGGCUUAACUAUUGGUACCUCUCCAUGGAAUGAGACGUGUAAGAAGAGACGUUUGAAUGUCCAGAGAUACAUGACCACGCCUGCCAUCAAAGAGCGUGCUGGGUUGAUCGACUUGGAAGGGUUCUCCUUUCUCAGGGACUUCUACAGAGACUCACAAGGUAAGUACAUCUACCCUUACAAGUACACACAAAGAUUGGCCUUGAACUUCACUGCAAUGUUGAGCUAUGCCACCAGAUUUGACAAAAUCGAAACUCCAUUAUUGAACGAGAUCCUUGAGAUGGUCAAACUCAUCUCGUCGUUCCGUUCCACCAACAACAACCUUCAAGACUUUGUUCCUUUUGUCAGACUUUUGCCUGAAAACGAAAGGAAGAGACAGGCAGUCGAGGCCAGCGAAAAGAGAAACAUCUGGUUGGGCAAGUUGACCGAGGAGGCCAUCAGCCACAAGGACACCAGAAAGAGUAUUGUUGGAGACUUUGCCAACACCGACGGCAAGGCUAGACUCAAUAUCGAUGACAUCAAGAGUAUCUGUGUCGGUUUGGUGUCCGGUGGUUUUGAGACAAUCGGGUCCACUGCCAGUUUGAUCUUGUUACAGCUCGUCAGUCCAAACGGUGCCAAAUGGCAACAAAGAAUUCACGACGAGUUGGUCGAGAUUUACGGCAGUGUUGAGAGUGCAUACGAAAACGUCCUUUGCGAAGAAAAGUGUGAGUUUGGUGUCUCCUUCAUCCGUGAGCUCUUGAGAAUGUACGCCGUUAUUCCAUUGAUCCCUGCCCGGAAAACCACCAAGCCUUUCCAAUGGAACGACACGGUCAUUCCCGAAGGUGUCACUGUGAUAUUGAACGCCCAGGCGGCCAACCACGACGAAAACCACUUUGGUCCUACAGUCCACGAAUUCGACCCAGAGAGAUUCAUGACGGACAAGUCUGUCGAUGUGCCACCAUACCACUUCACCUUUGGUGCAGGAUCUAGAGCAUGCACAGCCAUCAACCUCUCCAACCGUAUCCUAUAUGUGAUCCUAACCCGUGUCUGUCUCUUAUUCAAGGUACACGGAGACCCAAGCAAGACACCGGACUUCGACUACCUCAACUACGCCGCCGACAGAACCGCACAGACCUACUGGCCUAAGGAAUUCGGCAUCCAGCUCGAAGCAAGGGACGAGGUCAUUCUAGAUGCCUGUAUGUCCGCCUCCAAAGCCAAGUGCACGGAGGAGCUAGGAUAUUCCAUCGAGUACAGUGCCUGAGCCGAUCCCCAAAACACAACCAAAAACUCUCAUAGAUAGCUGUCUAUUUGUAUUUCUGUACAACUCAAACGAGAAUCCAAAUACCCUUUGGUUUCCUGGAUUC